UAGUUUGAACGAACAUGAUGGUAUGGAUAAACAUGAUAAUAUGAACGAACAUAAUAGUAUGAAUGAACAUGACAGUGGCAGGGAUGAAUACCAUAAUUAUGAGCCUGAAGAAAACAUUACUGAAGAUGCGAAUGAUGAUUAUGAAAUACAAAAGGUUUUUAAUAGUUGGGAUGUUGCUAUGGAAGAAAUUGAGAAAUAUGCACAUCGUAAAG